UGAAUGCAACGCCGCACACGCACACGCACGCACACACGCGCACAGACAGCUUGGCACUGAUUUCUGUACCAGCAAGCGCCACCGCGUCUACUGCACACCACUCGAAAAACCUACAACGCUGCUGCUGCUGCCGUCGCUGCCGUUGUUGCUGCUCGCACUCACUCACACGCACGCAGUCCUCGCGUCCGCGCCGCACGCUCUCCCGUGUCUUUAACUUUUUUUUUUUCCGUUUUUUUUUUCUUUUUUUACAUUUUUGUUUCGUUUCGUUUUAUUUCUCUUUCCGUUUUUCCACGCUCGUCAUCGUACUUGCGAAGUUUUUUCACGCCCGUGCGCUUCAUCCAGUUUCGCCGCCCGUCACGCGGUCGCGUUUCGCGUCUCGUUCAGUUCGAGUGCGCGGACUCUGGUAGUCACACCGCCGCGGACGCGAAAAUUGGCGGCAGCGACGUCCAUACGUCCGCGAUCGAUCCUCGUCGACGAUCCUCAUCGGUUACGCACCGCUCGCACGUAACAACGUGAUACCGUAACGAUACAACGACGCACGAACGUCAUCAUGGCCCACGGUGCACAGGACGAACCUGUUGGCAAGGUGGUAGAGAGACAGCGACCGAAAGCGCCAGUUGGCUCCAGGCGAAUAUUCCCACCGCAGUUCAAAUUACAGGUGCUGGAUUCGUACAGACAAGAUUCUGACUGCCAAGGAAAUCAACGUGCUACUGCUCGUAAAUAUGGAAUCCAUCGCCGUCAAAUCCAGAAAUGGCUGCAAACAGAAACAAGCUUACGGUUAGCUGUACAACAGGCGACUGGCAUUCCGAAACCUCCAAAAAUUGCUGCUGCUGCUGCUGUAGUUGUAGAGACUACAUCAGGCUCGGACAGUGAUAUUAACGUUGAAGACUUAUCAGAUACUGAAGAUUCUGCAUUAGAUUUGUCAACUACUUGUUUAGAUUUGACCAAGCGUAAGCGCAUUGAAGAAGAACUGGAACCAUGUAAAAGGCGACCUUUGGCUCCAGUUGCAUCUACCGAAAGACCCUUAUAUGUUAGCCCAAUAAGAUAUCCAUAUGUAGAUUAUCCUAUGUACUACUGUUGGCCACCGUGUUGUUAUAGACCAUGCUAUGUGGAAAGACCUGUACCUCAAAGACUUACUUGUUCAUUGGACUUGAAAUUAUGCUCUUACGAACAAAAGGAACCAUCUCUUUUAGACAUAUCAUACCCACAACACUGGAACAAACAAGAUUAUAGGUUUCCAAGUUCGGUAUGAAAUACCUAUGUGUUCGCAUGAUGUAUACUUGUUAUUUUUACAUUGUCAGUUUUGACGUACAUGAAGAAUUUUUUUGGAUAAUCUAUAGUGAACUGUUUGGAUUGAAUCGAAAGAAAAGAGAAGAAAUAAUAAUUCUAUAUAUUUAACAUUGAUUGUUUAAUGUCUUUAUUUAUUUUUUAAUUUUCAUUUCAAUAUGCGAGAAAUAUUAUAACACUAUUGGAUUGUACAGCAACACUCUGUAUUGUAGUAUGUUAUCUAUAAUGUUAUUGUUAUAAGCUAUAACAUAAUACCAUAUCAUUUAAUAUGUAUUGUUUUAACUUUUAAAUUCUUAAGAUUUGUAUUUUUAACUACUUAAAUAGUAUAAGAUUGGAACAAAAACCUAUUUAUUUAAUCAUACGACUUUG